UUAAUCAAGGAGGAGAUGCCUAGCACCAUUUUUGUUUGGCUUAUCUUGCUUAUACUAAGAUGUAUUUUUGGAGCAAGUGGAGCUCAAGCAAGCAAUGGGACUCUUCCUGAGGAUGAAAUGAAUGCUCUUCGGGAAAUAGCUGCACAAUUGGGGAAAAAAGAUUGGGAUUUCAGGCUGAACCCUUGUGAUACCAGGAACUCGAACUGGCAAACACCAAGACCCAACGAAACACCACUCAUUCAUAACAACACUCUCAACUGCAAUUGCUCUUUUCCUAAUGGCGUAUGCCACGUCAUUAGCAUAUUUCUUAAAGGGCAGGACCUUGCUGGUGUGCUACCGCCAUCUUUGGUAAAGUUACCAUACAUCAAGACAAUUGAUUUCACUCGCAACUAUCUCAGUGGUACAAUACCCCAGGAAUGGGCUUCUACCAAAUUGGAAUAUAUGUCUCUUACUAUCAACCGCUUAUCAGGACCCAUCCCACCCUACUUGGGAAACAUUACAACUCUCGUUUAUCUGAGCUUAGAGAUAAAUCAAUUUAGUGGUACCGUUCCAGCUGAGCUUGGGAAGCUGCCCAACUUGGUGAAUCUAAUUCUCAAUGACAACAAUCUCACGGGAGAGUUGCCAAUGGAGCUCAGCAAUCUAACCAAAUUGACAGAACUUAGGUUAAGCGGCAACAACUUUACUGGAACAUUACCCAGUUUCCAAAGUUGGAAACAACUUCUGAUGUUAGAGAUACAAGCUGGUGGUUUCGAAGGACCCAUACCUUCUAGCAUUUCUGUCUUAAAUUACUUAACCGAAUUAAGGAUCAGUGACUUAUAUGGAGGAAAUCCAGUUUCAGCUUUUCCGCAGCUAGGAGACAUGAAAGGAAUGCAAUAUUUGAUUUUGAGGAGCUGCAAUAUAUCUGAUGCAAUCCCUGAAUAUAUAGCAGAAAUGAAAGAGUUGAAAUAUUUAGACCUCAGCUUCAAUAAGUUGGAAGGGGAGAUUCCAAACCUUGACGGACUCACAAAUGUGACGGACAUGUAUCUGACAAGCAACCUGCUUUCUGGACCUAUACCGGAGUGGAUCAAGGGGAGAGGUCCUAGCUACCAUAUAGAUCUCUCUUACAAUAACUUUUCGGAGGACUCUGUACCGAAUUUCUGUCCGGAUAACCAAUAUUCAUUUCAUAUCAAUUGCGGCGGAGCAAAAAUUACUAUCGGAAAUACCACUUAUGAAGCAGAUGAAGACCCAGGAAAUUCAGCAAAAUUUGUUCCUAAAGUAGCAAAUUGGGGAACUAGUACCACUGGGGACUUCUGGAGACGUGAGGCAGAUAAAGAUUACAUAGCGAAAAAUGUAUCUGUCUUGACAAUGAAUGACUCUGACUUGUACACAAGGGCUCGCCUGUCUCCUCUAUCUCUCACUUAUUAUGGGCGUUGCUUGGCAAAUGGGAACUAUACUGUGACACUCCACUUUGCUGAGAUAAUUUUCAGAGAUAACCGAUCUUUUCAGAGUCUUGGAAGACGGAUGUUUCAUGUUUAUAUACAGAAUGAGCUAGUUUUGCAGGAUUUUGAUAUUGAACGUGAAGCACAAGGGGUUGAUAAGGUGUUUAUAAAGAAAUUGAAAACAAUUGUGAAGGAUAAAACUUUAGAAAUUCGCUUUCAGUGGGCUGGGAAAGGAACAACAGCCGUCCCUAUUAGAGGAACCUAUGGCCCUCUUGUAUCAGCAAUUUCUGUGGAAUCUGACAACCCUCCUGAUGGAGAAAAGAAGAUAUCCAUUAUAGUUGGAGCUGUGGCUUCGGCAUUAUUCUUCAUUCUCGUAGUUCUUGGUAUUGCUUGGUGGAAAGGCGUUUUUGGGAACAGAAACUCAAGGGAACAAGAUCUGAGAGGAUUAGACUUGCAAACUGGAUUAUUUACCUUUAGACAAAUUAAAGCCGCCACUAAUAACUUUGAUAUUGCAAACAAGAUAGGAGAAGGUGGUUUUGGAUCUGUCUACAAGGGCAUACUACUGGAUGGUACCGUAAUUGCUGUUAAGCAACUUUCUUCCAAAUCAAAACAAGGAAAUCGUGAAUUCGUGAAUGAAAUAGGCAUGAUUUCUGGUUUACAGCACCCUAAUGUCGUAAGAUUGUAUGGAUGUUGUACUGAACGUAAACAAUUACUAUUGGUAUAUGAAUACAUGGAGAAUAAUAGCCUCGCCAGUGCUUUGUUUGGUCCAAAGGAAGGGAAAUUGAAAUUGGACUGGCCUUCAAGGCAAAGAAUUUGUAUUGGCAUUGCAAAAGGCAUAUCUUUCCUCCAUGAGGAAUCUACAUUGAAAAUGGUUCAUAGAGACAUCAAGGCUACCAAUGUACUGCUUGAUAGGGAUCUUAACCCUAAAAUAUCCGACUUUGGUUUGGCCAAGCUUGACGAAGAGGAGAACACCCACAUUAGCACCAGAAUUGCUGGAACCAUAGGAUACAUGGCACCAGAAUAUGCAUUAUGGGGUUACUUGACCUACAAAGCAGAUGUGUAUAGUUUUGGAGUUGUUGCAUUGGAGAUUGUUGCUGGAAAAAACAACAUAAAAUAUCGUCCUGAUGAGAAUUAUGUCUGUCUUCUUGAUUGGGCCUUCGUUUUACAACAAAAAGGAAAUCUAAUGGAGUUAUUGGAUCCAAAACUGGGUUCCACUUUCAACAAAGAAGAGGCAUUAAGAAUGAUACAAGUAGCACUGUUAUGCACUAAUCCAUCUCCCGCACUUAGGCCUACCAUGCCUGCAGUAGUAAGCAUGCUUGAGGGUCGUAUCAAGGUUCAGAAUUUAGUGGCAGAUCCAAAUAUCUAUGGUGAUGAAUCAAGGUUCGAAGCUCUCAGAGGCAAGUAUGAUGAGCUGCAACUCCAGAGCUCAAGUGACACUCAGACGUUUGAUUCAUCCUAAGUAACACGAAAUGGCUCUUCCUUCACUUGUGCCCAGGAUCUCCAUCGAAUUGAUUUUGCUCCUCAGUAAUGAAACAAUGGUGAGAACAAGGUAGCCUAGAGAAUUGCAUAGAUAGGGAAAAAAAAAAUGCAGUAGUUUCUUCGUAUUCUUCCUCCAUCCUACGGAAAAACAAUGUUUUUCUAUGUUCUGUCUAAUGGAUAGGAAACAGUUCUUCUAAACCUUUGGUAUAGGUUCAAAUCCUAUUGGACAUAAUUUUUUUUUUUAAUUUUUAUGUCAAGAAAGACAUUUUGAAUGAUUUGAAUUAGAGACGUUUGAUUACUCGAAGUGUAAAAUGUUUAGUGUGUGAUUUCUUAUAAGCAUGAUCGUAACUUUUGAUCUCCUUGCA